GAGUAGAGACCAGCAGAAGGACCACAGCAGGAGUAGAGACCAGUGGAGGGACCACAGAAGGAGUAGAGACCAGCAGAAGGACCACAGCAGGAGUAGAGACCACAGGAGUAGAGACCAGUGGAGGAACCACAGCAGGAGUAGAGACCAGUGGAGGGACCACAGCAGGAGUAGAGACCAGCAGAGGGACCACAGCAGGAGUAGAGACCAGCAGAAGGACCACAGCAGGAGUAGAGACCAGGAGUAGAGACCAGUGGAGGAACCACAGCAGGAGUAGAGACCAGCAGAGGGACCACAGCAGGAGUAGAGACCAGCAGAAGGACCACAGCAGGAGUAG